UCUCCCGCCACAAUGUCAGAGACUCUCUCUCUCUCUUCCCUGUGAUCUCUGUGACUCUCUCUCUCAAAUCUCACUCACAAUGUCAGACUCAGAGACCCCAUUCAGGAAAGGCGACCAAGUGGAAGUGACAAAGCCACACCACCAUUCCUACGCCACCACCACCAGCGUCGCCACCAAUGGACCCUACUACCCCGCCACCGUGCUCCGCUCACAUCCCACCAAAGACCACCACCUCUUGAUUCAGUACCAAACCCUUAUGUCAUUGCACAGUGGUCCUUACGGCCCGCAACUCCUCACCGAGUACGUCCAUUGGGCCCGGGUAAGGCCCAUUCCCCCCAACGACCCCCACCAGGGCCUCAAAGUCGGUGACUCCGUCGACGCCUUUCGAGGAUGUUCGUGGGUUAAAGGCACGGUUAUGGACAUUUAUGAAAACUCCAAGUACUUGGUGCUUUUCGACGAGGAAGAACAAGAGCUAGAGAUUGAGCAGUGGAAUUUGCGGCUUCAUAGGAACUGGGUUCGUGGCUCAUGGGACGCACCUCUUCUAGAACAGCUUGAAGUGCAGGAAAAGCCAUCUGAAACGGAGGUGGAGUCCAGAAAUUUUAGAAUAAUGAUAACAUACAGCAGGAGAAAAUCAAAGGAAAAGUUUAGAAAGGGAACCAUGGUGGAGGUCAGCAGCGAUGAGGAAGGUUACAAGGGUUCUUGGUUCACUGCUACUGUUAUUCAGUCUACAGGAAGUGACAAGUUUCUGUUGGAAUACCAUAACCUGACCAUGGAUGAUGGAACCCAGCCUUUGAGAGAAGAAGUACAUGCGCAGUAUAUUAGGCCUUUUCCCCCUGAAGUUCCUGGAGUUGUGUCUUUUAAGGAGCUCCAAGAAGUCAAUGCAUGGUACAACGAAGGGUGGUGGGAAGGUGUGAUUUCCAAAGUUCUAAAUUUCUCAGAGUAUAUCGUCUAUUUCAGCUAUUCCAAUGAGGAAUUAAGAUUUGGACAUUCUAAGUUGAGGCCACAUCAACAUUGGAUUAAUGGAAAAUGGGUCAUUGCUUCCAAGCUUGAAGUGCAGGAAAAGCCAUCUGAAAUGGAGAUGGAGUCUAGAGAUUUAAGAAUAAAGAUAACUUACAGCAGCAAAAAAUCAACAGAAAAGUUCAGAAAGGGAACAUUAGUGGAGGUCAGUAGUGAUGAGGAAGGUUAUAAAGGUUCUUGGUUCACUGCUACUGUCAUUGGGUCUACAGGAUCUGACAGGUUUCUGGUGGAAUACCAUAACCUGACAAUGGAUGAUGGAAUCCAGCCUUUCAGAGAAGAAGCACAUGCACGGCAUAUUAGGCCUUUCCCCCCUAAAGUUUCUGGAAUUGUGCAUUUUAAAAAGCUCCAAGAAGUCGAUGCUUGGUACAAUGAUGGGUGGUGGGAGGGUGUGAUUUCCAAAGUUAUAAAUUUCUCAGAGUAUAUUGUCUAUUUCAGCUCUACCAAUGAGGAAUUAAGAUUUGAACAUUCUAAGUUGAGGCCUCAUCAGCAUUGGAUUAAUGGAACAUGGCUCAUCGCUUCCAAGGGAAAGUCUUGUGAGCUGGCAAUGGCAUAUAGGGAUGUACAAGUGAGUAUGAAUGAUGCUGGAAACAAAUCGAAGGCAAAGUUCAACUUGGGAGCAAUGGUAGAGGUCAGAAGUGAUGAGGAAGGUUUUCGAGGUUCUUGGUACACUGCAAUCAUUGUUGAUUUGAUAGGGAAUGACAAGUUCUUGGUGGAAUAUCAGACACUGAGAACAGAGGAUGAAACUGAACUUCUUAGGGAAGAGGCAGAUGUGUCAGAUAUAAGGCCUUAUCCCCCUGAUAUUGAACAUCUUUACCGUUUUGCAGUGCGAGAGAAAGUUGAUGUUUGGUAUAAUGAGGGCUGGUGGGUAGGUUAUAUAUCCAAUGUUCUAGAUGACUUGAGGUACAGAGUAUAUUUUGAGACCACAAAUGAGGUGCUGGAAUUUGAACAUUCUGAUCUGAGGCCUCAUCAAGAAUGGGUCGAUGGAAACUGGGUAGCUGCUUCUAGGGUAGGACAUCAGUAAUGCUUAUAUGGAUUGGAAAUUCUGAUCAAAGAAUGAAUUGCUUUAGGUUCUUCAAGCCAAUAUGCUAUCUUAUUGUAAAGAAUGUCUUUGGCUACAAUCAGAUCAACAUUUUGUGCGUCUAAAAAUUGAAGCAUUAAUGUGUUCAAGAAUGUUGCUAUCCUUUGCUGUGUCUAUAUAUUUUUUGUCAGAUCUUAGAGUUCUCUUGCCUUCUCCAACCAGAUUCCAGGUUCAAUGAACCUCCAACUUCUUUUGUAUGUAAGAGAUUCAUUUGAUAUGAUAUCUUGUAAAUAUUAAACAUAUUAGUAUCUUACUAAUUCCACAUAGCAUUUUCAAUAUGGAUAUAUCAUUUAAGCUUUUGAUCGUGCCUUGCAUUU